AGGGAGACGAGAGGAAACAGUGACAGAGCAAGAUGGCGGUGGAUGGAGAAGAGGGUUUUGUGGUCGGAAACGUUCUGUGUUCUCAACCUGUGCGUACAUGUACACAUAUAUGUCUUUAAAAUAGAGUAAACGUCGUCAAUAUUUAAUUACAUCCAGAUACAUUGGGCUGAGUGCGCCUUAACGCCUCUCAGGUUAACUUAGCUAGUUAGCUGCUAACGGACGUUACCAACACAUCGAUAAGCAGAGAUAAAGUGUGCGUGUUGUGAUUGUGUCAACAUGUGCGAAAAAGCGACAGCUGAGUUCGACGAGGAACUUUCUCGAACUGAAGAGGAGAAUGAGCGACAACAUCAACUACUGGACGCUUUCAAGAAGAAGUAUCAAGUUGCGUCCAACAGAGCAGACAUCAGUGAAGAACAUUUUCCCCCUGAGGACCAGGACAGGACCUCCAGGGUGGAGCAGGAGAAGCCACAGCCCCCCCACAUUAAAGAAGAGGAGCCACAGUCCCCCCACAUUAAAGAGGAGGAUGAGGAACCUUGUAUCAAUCAAGAGGGAGAGCAACUUGGAGGACGGGAAAAGUUCCUGGUGACUCACUUUUUCCCUGUGAAAAGUGAAGAUGAGGGUCAAAAUGAGGAGAAGAAAGGGGCGGAGCCUCCAAGCAGCGGUUCUCUCUUAGCGCCACUAUCAGAUAGCGACGACACGGCGUCACACUCUGAUGGAGAUUCUCCGGCUGAUAAGACGUGUCAUUCUGACAACACACACUGGAAAUGUUCUCAGUGUGACAAAACUUUUUAUGACAGCAGUAAUCUGAAAAGACAUAUGAGAACACACACUGGAGAGAAACCGUUCAUGUGCUCAAUUUGCGGUAAAACAUUUUCUCGGAAAUCACAUUUAACAAUACACACGAGAGUCCACACCGGAGAGAAACCGUUUUCCUGUUUAGUGUGCGGCGUAGGUUUUGCACAAAAACAGUAUUUGAAAAUUCACACAAGAAUACACACCGGAGAGAAACCGUUUUCAUGUUCAGUGUGUGAUAUAGGAUUUGCACAAAAACAAUAUUUGAAAAUACACAUGAGAAUACACACUGGUGAAAAACCGUUCUCCUGUUCAGUGUGUGGUAAAAGUUUUGUACAAAACCAGGAUUUGAAAAUACACAUUAGAAGACACACCGGGGAAAAAUCCUUCACCUGUUCAAUCUGCAACAAAAGCUUUUGUGACCGAACACCACUCGUAAGACACAUGAGAACACACACUGGUGAGAAAGUGUUGGGUUGCGGUGUGUGUGAUGAAAGAUUCUCCUAUAAGUACCAGCUUGACAAUCACCAGUGUGCUGGCGAGAACAGCAGCAGUAAGUAAAACUGUGAGACUUGAAAAAAUAUAAAAACUUCGACCAUGUUGACCUUUAAACAUCACAUACAUGUGUGACGUCAAUACCGCGGGUGAAACACAAUUUUGUUAAUAUGCUUCUAUUUAAAUGCAAUAAAAAUGU